UUGAAAUGGAUUUUGCUGUAGAGCAGGUAAUGCUGACAUAGUGAGCUUCCUACGUCACUGUUAGAAUUUAUGGCUAAAGUGGGUACUUCAGCACAACAGCAAACCUUCAUAACACGUUGCAUUCACAGGCUCUGCAUUGACGUCACAAUGACACAGUGAAGCCAAACACAGGAGCUGGGAACAGUUCUUCUGCUUCACUUUUGAUAAUUGAGUGAGUUUGCCACCACCCCAUUCCUUCCAGCAUGGCUAAGAGUGCAGAAGUGAAGUUGGCGAUCUUUGGUCGGGCUGGUGUGGGCAAGUCAGCUCUUGUCGUGCGCUUCCUGACCAAACGGUUCAUCUGGGAGUACGACCCAACGCUAGAGUCUACAUAUCGUCACCAAGCUACCAUUGAUGAUGAAGUGGUUUCCAUGGAGAUACUAGAUACAGCUGGUCAGGAGGAUCCUAUCCAGAAAGAAGGACACGUGCGAUGGGGUGAAGGCUUUGUGCUGGUUUACGACAUCACAGACAGAGGCAGCUUUGAGGAAAUGCUGCCCCUAAAGAACUUGUUGGAUGAAGUUAAAAAGCCCAAAAACGUCACCCUGAUCCUGGUGGGGAACAAAGCAGACUUGGAUCACUCCAGGCAAGUCAGCACAGAGGAAGGUGAAAAGCUGGCCACGGAACUAGCAUGUGCUUUUUAUGAGUGUUCUGCCUGCACAGGAGAGGGCAACAUUAUGGAGGCCUUCUAUGAGCUCUGUCGUGAGGUUCGGCGACGAAAGAUGGUCCAGGGCAAGACUCGGAGACGAAGCUCCACCACCCAUGUCAAGCAGGCAAUUAAUAAGAUGCUUACCAAAAUCAGCAGCUAAAAAGAGCUGUACUAAACCAGAUAACAUUUUAGAGCAUAUUAGCUUGGAGCAGGGAUGAGGCAGGCAGAGCACAUUUAAUUAAAAACGGUCAAAGCUUUGCAAUGGACAAAAAAAAAUAAAAAUAUGAACAUCACCAUAUUUUUGAAUAACACAGAGUCAUACUAUUUUCCUGUUUUGAAACGUAUAUAGCCACACUGCUUCUGGCUAAUGUGGAAAAAAACC